UGUUUAAAGUAGAACUGCAGUUUAGUUGAGCCACAGGAUGGCAUGCAGGCAGCCGGGAGGCACCGCGCAGCAGAAUUACACUCACAUUAAACCCGAUUUUGGAUCUGGAUUCGUUUUUGUUCUGUUCACACUGAGAGACGCGCCGGAUCUCGGUAUGGGUUCAUUGUAGGAUUUGUUUUUAUUAUUAUUAUUACCUCGAUGACUCGAGUUCGUUUUGGAGCUGGAGCUGGAAGUUGAGUGCGGAGAUCCGGGAUGGAGGUGGAGGAGUGUAAGAUCUCGGUGUGGGUGUGCCGGGAGGAGAAGCUGGUUUCGGGGGUGACGAGGCGGACGAGCUGCGCGGAUCUUGUCCGGGUGCUGAUGGAGGACCCGAGCUGUCUGGGGCUCUCGGGCUCCGCGCAGUCCUACUGCAUCGUGGAGAAAUGGCGCGGGUUCGAGCGCGUGCUGCCAAACCGGACGAAGAUCCUGCGCCUGUGGUCGGCGUGGGGUCGCGAGCAGUGCAACGUGCGCUUCGUGCUGGUCCGGAGCGACGCGUCGUUACCGGGCAGCGGACCGCGCAGCGCCGAGGCUCGCGUCGUACCCAGUAAAGAGAGCCGGCGCGCGGUUACAUGCGAGCCCGCGACCGUGGCGGCUCCUGCGGUGGUCACAGCCCAGGAGGAGAUCUCUCAGGAGAAACGGCGGCGCGUGGUCCGCAAAGCGUUCCGCAAGCUGGACAAGAUCAAGAAGAAGGAGAACGUGGAGGAGACGUGCGCGGAGAAGAUGGAGACGUUGGUGCACCUCGUCCUGUCGCAGGACCACAUCCGGCAGCAGACGCAGCGCAUCCGCGAGCUGGACGGCGAGAUCGAGAGGCACGAGACCAGGGUGCACACGGACCGCAUCAGGCGCCACGGGAUCAAUUAUGUGCAGGACACGUACAUGGUGGACGGCGCGGGCGCGGGCGCGAGCGCGGAGCUGGACGCGGAAACGUUGGCGCGGUGCGAACGAGUGAUCCGUCUCCAGGAGCAGAUCAGCGAGCACAACGCGCUCCUGGAGAGACUCACCGGAGAGAUCCAAGAGGAGCUCGACAGGAGGUGGAUGGCACGGCAGCGCGAAGGAGACACACAGGAAACCCACGAGGAGAUCCCAGGGUCGGAGAAAGACCAGCUCUUAGAAGAGGAGAGGAUCAAGACGCAGCUGGACACGAGCUCGUACAUCGGACUCCGUCUGAACACCGAGCUUCAGGCUGUGCAGAGCGAGAUGAUUGCCAGCUUUGAGGUUUGGGAGGCGAAAGAACACGAGCUAAGAGAUCUCCUGGAGGAACUUGACACGCACACUGGCUGUGAUGGAGACCCAGGACAAGGAGAUGCUGCGUUCACGGAUGAUGUUCAGUCUCCACCUCCACCGCCGUCCUCCGUGGACCAGAGUGACUGCUGGAUGGAGCAGGUGCGAGGACUCUCAAAAACAAACACGAGCGGCAACGAUGAUGACUCGGACACUGGACUGAGCUCCAUGCACAGUCAGGACUCGGAUAACACAGCAGUAUGUGAGUCUCUGGUGUGAUUCUCUGAUGAGGGACAACAUCCUGGGACAGGAGGCCCAGUCUAGGACUUUCAGACAAAUAAUCUGAUCAGUAGCUACCUAUGGGUAAGAGUGGAAAGUGCAUCAUGUUGCAGGUACCACUUAAUUCAGUGGUCAGGAGCUCUGUCUGUCAUGGUGCCAGCAUUGUCCACCAUCCAAGGAGAUGCUUCUGAGAUGGAUUUCAGAGUUCCCACACUGAUAUCAUGGAAAUAUAUUUGCUUCGGACCUAAAGGUUUACAAUAACCCCAAGUUGCCUUUCAUGAAAUAUGCCUGAGGUUGUGUGUGUGUGUGUGUGUGUGUGUGUGUGUGUGUGUGUGGAGCAAUGCAAAGUAGCUAAACAGGUUAACUGUUCGAGUUCAUUAUUUAUUUUAAUAUCUACAAUGCCGUUCUACUUGUACACUGAAGCCAGAACUUCAUUAUUAGAUGUCAGGAGAUCGAGAACGUUAUUCAUCACAGAGCAUAUUAUUCACCAAUAAACAAGAAACAUGUGGAAUUUGAGACUGAUUAUGAAUGUAAUGCUAUGCUUAUAACCUCCACAACACUUUGCUCUACACACAAUAUCAAAUGUUUUAUAAUUAUACAUUUGUAAUAAUUAAAUACAAGCCAACAGACGACUAACUAGCAGGAUUAUACAGUAUACGGACAAAAGUUGGACACCUGAGCAUUCCGCAUUUAGUCCCCAUUUACUGCUCCACUCUUCUGGGAAAGUGUUCCACUAGAUUUGAUGUGGAUGAUGUAGAUACGAUGAGGAACCCUGGGGUACGGUCAGGCUCCAGGCUUCUCACGAUCUUUCACACCAAUCCAUGUAAUAAAAAUGUUUCCGGAGCUAGCUUUCUACACAGGGUUAUUGUCAUGCUGGAACAGAUUUGUUCAAAUGAAAAAAGUCACGCUACAACAUCUGAAGAUGCCUUUGUGGUAACACGUAAACAUAUGGAUGGAAAAGUCAGGUGUCCCUAUACUUUUGUCCAUAUAAUGUGUAUAUGGAUUUUUUUGGGGGGAUAAAUCAUAAGAUUGCAGUCUGGUUCACUUAAAUGGAUUUGUUCAGAAGAAACGAUCGACAGUUACAGCUGGGUUGCAGGAAAAAAUGUAACAUGGCUGAUUCCCUAUUCCCUUGUGCACUACUUGGGGUAAUGAGACACCUGUUUGAUAAUAAAUAGAAACAAGGAGUAUGUGGUCCUCAAACUGUAGGACUUAAGGAGAGAAUGUAGAACCCGAAGCUAUUUGUUAUUGAUAUCGCUGCAAGCACAAGCAGUGUGAAAACACAUAUCGAAUCAUCUCAGAUUUUAGGAGAUGCAGCUACACAGGAUUGUGAAAAAAAUCCCAAAACAUAUCAGUUAUUCAACCUUAAAAUAGCUUUAAUAAUGUGAAAUCUGGAAAGAGAGCUGCUAAACAAAACUGGCAUGUUUCAAAUGGAAACUUUUCCAGAAAAAAACUGUUCCUGCAUUGGAAACCCAUUUCCACUGAGGAUUGAACAGGUUCUGGAUUGCAGAAGAAUAUUUGAUGUGUUCCAUCAGUCACAGGACCACAUCCAUUAAAUCCAAACACACCAAAGUAAUUUUUUUUAGGAGAUCAAUAUGCUGACUGAUGUGUAGAAGUAUUACUUUAUAUUAUAAUAUAUAAAAAAAAUAAAAUACAAUUUGUCAUAAUUAUUACUUCAAAUUUUUU